AUGGCAACCUUCCCCAAAGGCGUGCCACCUUGUUUCCACAGGGUUCAUACAGAGGCCCAGAGGAUUCUGGGUAAUUCCUGCAUACCUGUAGUGAGCCUGGAGCGCCUGAACUUCCAGUCCGUCUCCUUAUCGUCUUUGCAGCCUGAGGUGUCUCUGGAUCGACUUCCCUGCCAAACACAAACUGAGCUUCACAAUGACGUCACUAUAAAUCAUCCUCAACAGAAUGGAUUCAGUCAAAACGAGCCACACAUUUUAGAGAUCAGAGAGGAUUCACCUGAGUCUGAACCGGCAGCAUUAUCUGAUCUCAGUCAACCAGAAACAACAUCAAUUUCCUGGACUGAACCGUACUCUCCUGACAGUUUUCCCGGUGAAGAUCCAGAGCAGGACGCAGGCUUUGACUGUGAAUCAAACCCGGAUCAGUCGUAUAUCCUGUUUGAUUGUGGAUCUGAUGAAUGGGACCCGGAUGGAAAAUCGAACUCUGAAACGUUUUAUUUGGAUCCAGAUCUGGAGCAGACCAUUACGAUCGUACUGGAUCCAGAACCAGACACCGAUCAGACCGCAUCCCUGCAGCUUGAGGAUGUGUCUGAAACUACAUGUGAGGUGGAUGUGGUUGAAAUGGAGGAGAAUGAAGAGCAGAGAGCUGAUGUUUGCUGCUCACAGGAGGAGGCACACUCCUCCAUCCAUCAGCCUGAACCUGGAGAUGGGACUGAGGAGGUGGAGAGUGAAGACUUCUGUGCCGUCUGUCUGAAUGGAGGAGAUCUGCUCUGCUGCGACCGCUGCCCUAAAGUUUACCACUCGGCCUGUCACAUACCUCCUCUCAUCAUCCUCCCACUAGGUGACUGGGUGUGCACGUUGUGCAGGUCCGACCAGGAGCCUGUGGAGGGCUACGACUGUGAGAACAUCCACAACUGUGAGGGAAUCAAACCCCCGUACACAUUGUCCGACCAGGACCAGAGGAGGUGUGAGAAGUUGACCCUGCUGUUGUACAGUCACCUGCUCAGCGCUCCGUUUCAUGAACCCGUCAGUCAUCUGGCUCGAAACUACUACCAGAUCAUCAAGAGGCCCAUCGACCUGUCGGUGAUCCGCAGGAAACUGGACGAGAGCAAAACUGUGCACUACUUCAGCGCUGAGCAGUUCGUCGAUGACGUCCUGCUGAUGUUCAAGAACUGUGCUACUUUCAAUUACCCAGACUCAGAGGUGGCUCAGGCCGGGCGAAACCUGGAGGUGUUCUUCUUUAGCAAACUGAGGGAGAUUUUUCCUGACAGGACGUUCCCGACGGCCAGCCAGGACACAGUGGACGCCGCUCGUCUCCGCUGGCUGAGCAGGAAGAGGAAGGAAAACUACAGGAAGAGGAGACACACGUUUAGUGGGAAAAAAUAUUAUCUUUAACUUAACAUUGUUGUGUUAAAGCUUUUUGUACUUUUAUUUUUACAUGGAGAAAUGCAUUUUUAUGGGGAACCAAUAACAUGUGUGUCAGAUAUUUCCACAGAUUUGCAGGUAUGAGAAAUUUUUGGCAAAUUAUUCACAUUAGUUUAAAGG